AUGCAUCCGAAGAAAUGUGUUGAUGUGGUAUGUUAUAUUUUUUUACAACAUAAUGAUCAUAAUGUUGUAUCAAGUUCAUUGGAAACACAUGAAAUUAUACUUAAAUAUUCAAAUUUAUUUGAUUUUGAUCAAUUAUUAAUUUCAAUUCAAAUUGGAUCUAUAGAAGAAAUUCGUGUUAGUGAAGCCUUAAAAACAAAUAUUACAUAUCUUUUAUCUUUAUGUGAACAUGGUGAUCUACAUUUACGUGGUGCAUGUGCAAGUUUACUUGCUACAUUAAUUCAAACAACAAUUCAUCUUUUAUUAAACAAUGUUCACUUGUAUCAACUGAUUCACAAGACAGUUCAAGGAAUUAAAUUAUUAGAAGAUUCUAUUCAACAUACUACAAGUUUUUGUACUCUUGCUAAAUUUGCUCUAGCUCAACUUAUAGAUGAUAUUGAUUUUCGAAUAUUAACUUAUCUUGAACAACAAUUAAAACAACAGUACCCUGAUAUACGUGUUCGUCAAGCAAUUGCUUCGACUUUUGCUAUUCUUAAAAAAUAUAUUAAUAGAAGUGAAAGUGAUUUUCAAGCUGCUGUACUCAAUUUACUUGUUCAAUUACUUUUAAUUCGUCAUUUUGUUUAUUGUAUUGCUGAAUUUCUUGUUAUGUUAUUACAUGAUACACUUCAUUCAAAACAAGUUAUUAAAGAUCAAUCACUUUUGGAUAUUUAUUCCACACAAUUAACACUAUUUGAUGUUGUAUCAUCAGUUGAAUUACGAUCAAUUGAUCCAUUUGUUAUUGCUUUUCGAGCAUUAAAUGAUAUUUUAUUAUCAGUUAAUGGAACACGAGAUGAAACUUUUAGUGCAGCUUUUCUUCGUGUUUUACAUGAUAUAAUAUUAUGA